AUGUCUGGAAAUUCUAAAAGACUGCUAAUACUGCUGCACAUUCUUCUCUGCGAUCUGGCUGUUUGCUUUGGACGCGUAAACGACGAGAAACCAACGAUCUAUACGAUCCCUCUGGGAAACGACACUGCAUUACCAGAGAAAUAUAAACACUUACCACUGGUUGGAAAAUGUUGUCCAAACGGUGAGGUGCUCAUUAAAAAUGAUACACACGCAGCGAUCUGCGCUAUCGCUGACUCUAUGAUCGGUUCCAGCUUCUCUCCUCUCUUCAGUAAUUUCAACAGAACCGGUGUCGAGUUUCCCGGCGACAAACAAAAUACGUUCGUCGCGAUCAUUGGAGAUCCCUGUAAAUACAAAAAGUAUAUCCUAGAUCCGGAGAACACCAACGAAGAGGAAAGUUAUUUAUUAUUAAAUGGAUCCGUAUUCGUGCCUCAGGACGCUCCGUCGAUGUUGCAACCCGGCGUCGACUACUGCAUGGAGAUCGUACCGAAUAUUGGUCUGAAAACUUUCGUAUGCUUUCCAGAGGAACGCUUAGUAGUGACAGCGGAUUCCCGAUUUACCAUUUACGCCUGCGGGUUGUUGGUGUCGGUGCCAUUUCUGGUUCUUACGAUCCUCGCGUACUCGAUCACUCCGAAACUAAGGGAUGUCUACGGAAAAGCGUUGUGCCGUUAUUGCGGCUGUUUGGCACUGGCUUUUACUACUUUAGCGAUAACGCAACUGGGAAGUGGGCAUUUGUCGGAUCAGGCAUGCACCAGUAUAGCGUUCGUUAUCCAGUUCUCCUUCGUCGCCUGCUUCUUUUGGCUAAAUGUGAUGUGCAUCGAAAUGUGGUCGUUGGUGCGCAGCCACGUGGAUCGGGAAACGUACAAGAGGAUGAAGCCAAAAACGUUGUUCUUUUGGUACUCUUUAUGGUGUUGGGGUCCCUCGGUGAUACUUAUCCUCGUCUCGAUGAUCAUGGAUCUUAGUCCGACGAUACCGGCCACAUACGUCAAACCAAACUUCGGCAAGGAGAGCUGCUGGUUCAAAUCGGACGACGAAGCAAUGCCGUACUUCUACGUGCCAGUCGGUCUGCUGCUUCUGGGAAACAUGACUCUCUUCAUUUUGACGUUCCUCAAGCUGUCGAAGUACCAGAAGGAUCUCGACUUGAGACGGCUGGCGCGGAAUCAGGCGUCGGAUCGUCGCGAUCGAAGGUGUCUACGACGCUUGAGCAGAACGGCCAUCGUCUGCUUGAUCAUCUUCUUCCUGAUGGGACUGAACUGGUCGAUGGAGCUGAUAUCCUGGUUCGUCGACGGUGACUCGUUUGAUUGGUCCACGUUCGACCUGGUGAACGCCCUUCAAGGGGUUCUCGUGUUCGGUCUGUUCGUGAUCAGAAGACCACAGAGGGACUUCGUCUGGCACAGGAUACAGCAGCUUCGCGGUAUCGAUCUGGCUCCGCCGGAAGCUGGGAGCAUGGAACCGUACUUGCUGCCGAUAAUGAACGGCGACAAUGUGUCACGCGAAAUGAUAAUUCCGUGAGACGAACGCCCGAUC